AGUAGUUCACUGAAGGAAGAGGAUAGCCUUUUUCCCUAAAUUAAAAGAAAGUGAAAAGAUGGCAUUAGUAGUGAUCAAAAUGAAACUUGAAGAUGUAGUAAAAGGAAAUAGGCUUUUCAAGGAGGAGAAAUCAUUGCCAAAUGAUGUGGUAGAGAAAGGGAAAACAAAGGAGAAAUUUGAUUCUGUUGUUGAAGAAGCUCUCAAAAUGAAGCAAGAGGUGGCAAGGAAGGAUAAAGAAGGCCAUCCUGUAUUUUACAACAUUUUUGGAGUACUUGACAGUGACAAGAUGCACAACAAGACAUUGAGCACAGAAGAGAAAUGGAACAGGUUCCUAAGGUGGAGAGUUCAGGUGAUGGAGAAACGAAUUCAGAAGCUUGAUUUCAGUCCUACUUGGGUUUCGUGUUUUCUGGAACUCAGUGAUCUCAAGAACACUCUAGGGCCUUCUGAGAAGGAAGUCGGGCUAUCUGCCAAGCAAAGAGUUAUCUAUGUUCCCUUCUGGUAUUAUGCUUUUACUACUCUAUUAUCACCUUUCUUGAGCACAAGAACCAAGAGCAAAUUUGUCUAUGCAAGACCAUCCAGGGUUACUGAAACACUACUCAAGUAAGGACCAAUUUUCCCAAUUUCUUGCAACACAAGGUACUGAUUUUCCCUAGACUUGCACUAACUCGUCAUUCUAGGUACAUUUUUGCAGAAGAAAUACCUAUCUAAUAUGGAGGACUUAAGUGGGAAAAUGACCCUGAUUUCUCCCUAGAGGACACUGCAACAGAAACUCUUGUCAAGACAGGAUCAUCAAAAUCAAUUGAGCUUAGUGCA